AUGGCUAGUUGGCUGCUUCAGAUCUUGCUCAUCUCUUCUCUUCAUCUCAUCUCUCUAUCAAGUCAAAAAGAAACGACGUUUGUCUUUGAAGACUUUCUUGAUCAAGAAGAUCUUUAUCUAGACGCUUCUGCAAAAGUACAUCCCAAUGGAAUAUUACAGCUGACAAACACUUCAAAGUAUCAAAUCGGUCAUGCUUUCUACGAUAAACCACUUGAGCUCGGUUCCUCUUUCUCGACGCAUUUCGUGUGUGCUCUGGUGAAAAAGCAGAGUAUCGAAGGCGGUCAUGGCAUUGCCUUCAUAGUAUCUCCUUCUAUGGAUUUCUCCCACGCACAGCCAACGAGAUACUUGGGGGUUUUCGACGCUUCCACACUUGAAUCAUCUCCCUCUUCUCGUGUUCUCGCUGUUGAGCUCGACACUAUUUGGAACCCUGAGUUCAAAGAUUCCAAGAAAAACCACGUGGGGAUUGAUGUGAACAGUCCUAAAUCUCUCGCAGUGGCUCCAGCAUCUUACUAUUCCGAUAUAGAAAAGAAAAACGAAAGCAUGAACCUCUUGAGUGGAAAGCCUAUACAGGUCUGGGUGGAUUAUGAAGGCACUGUGCUCAACGUUUCUAUAGCUCCACUUAAAGUCAAGAAGCCAAGUCGGCCUCUUUUGUCACAUCCCAUUAACCUUUCAAAGAUAUUUCCGAAUAUAUCGAAACUGCAUGUUGGAUUCUCUGCAGCAACGGGGAACGCGGUGAGUGAUCAAUACAUUAUGGGGUGGAGUUUCAGUACAGACAGAGGAUCACUGCAGCUACUUGAUACCUCAAGAAUUGCUGAACUUCCUUAUCCUGCUGGUACAGAUAAGAAGCUUCUUGCGCUGUUUAUUAUUCUGUUUGGUAUUCUGGCUAUUGUGGGGUUGACUAUUAUUGCAUGA